CUUCCUCCAACACCCAGAUCUGUCCCCCUCCCACCAAUUCACAAAUCCGCAACCACCCGAUCUCGCAAGGCCGAAUUCCUCUUCCCCACCGAUCCUCGACCCGAUCGUUCGCCAUGGCCCAGCGCACGCUGGAGCUGACCCUGAUCUCGGGCAAGGACCUCAAGGACGUCAACCUGCUCUCCAAGAUGGAGGUCUACGCGCUCGUCGCGCUCUCCGGCGACCCGCGCUCGCGCCAGCGCGUGCCCACCGACCGCGCCGGCGGCCGCAACCCGGCCUGGAACGCCACGCUCCGCUUCGUCGUCCCCGCAAACGCCGCGGGCUCCCUCCACGUGCUGCUCCGCGCCGAGCGCGCCCUCGGCGACCGCGACGUCGGCGAGGUCCACAUCCCGCUCUCCGAGCUGCUCUCCGGGGCGCCUGACGGCCCCGUCCCCGUCAAGUUCGUCGCCUACCAGGUCCGUAAGAUCGGGUCCGGGAAGCCCCAGGGCGCGCUCAAUUUCUCCUACAAGCUCGGUGAGGUCACCCAGGCCCAGCCAGGCGCGGCGUACGGCGCUGCUCCUCAGGCCGCCUACCCGCCUCAGCCCGCGUACCCGCCUCAAUCCGCAUACCCACCAGCAGCCAAGGCCGACGCCUAUGCCCAACCUCCAUCCGCGUACCCACCCACAGCCAAGGCCGACGCUUACCCUCCUCCACAAUCCGCCUACCCACCAUCAGCCAAGGCGGACGCCUACCCGCCACCCGCCGGCUACCCACCAGCCGGGAAAACAACCGACCCAUCCACCGCAUACCCCGCACCAGCCGGCUACCCGCCCGCUGGAAAGCCAUCCAAAACCAACGAGCCAGUCACCGCCUACCCCGCCGCCGCGGCCGGUCCGAGCACCGGCGCGCCAUACGGCGCCCCACCCCCGCAGUACGGCUACGGCUACCCACCCCCGCAGCAGCAGCCCGGCUACGGCUACCCGCCCCCGCCGCAGCAGGGCGGGUACGGCUACGGCUACCCGCCGCAGCAGCCGGCCGGGUACGGCUACCAGCAGCAGGCCGUGAAGCCGCCCAAGAAGGCCGGCGGCAUGGGGAUGGGCCUCGGCGCGGGGCUCCUCGGAGGCGCGCUCGGCGGGCUCCUCAUCGGCGACAUGAUCAGUGACGCCGGCAGCUAUGAUGCGGGAUACGAUGCUGGGUUCGACGACGGCGGUGGCUUCGAUUUCUAGGCUGUUCCAGCAUCCAUCGGCGCGCGACGACCAGAGUUCUUUUGUUCUUCGAUUUUCUUCUUCUUCAGUUCAGUUUGUCAGUUCUGUAACUCCUGUUCUGCUAAAAUCGCCAGCCUCGGCCGCUGCGCAGCGUGAUGUGGUAAUGUAAAUACAAGUACUAUCAAAGUUUAACAGGGUAUAUUUUUGCCAACUCGUGUUUUCAUUCAA